UUUGCUGCAUUUUUUCUAAUAGAGAGAGAAAGGAGAGAGAGGGGAAAAUGAAGAAGAACAUCAAUAUCACCAGAUGAUUUGGAGAUUCAAACCCUAGCGCUUUAUCAAUAUUCAAUCUCUUUGUAUUUUUUUGAAUUUUGUUCUGUUUAAUUUUUAUUUUUUUGUUACGUAUAUUUCGUUUGAUUGAUAUCAGCUGAAUAUUCACCGUUCGAUCUUCGAUCGGUUCGAUUCUCUGAUCGGUCGGCGUGAAGUUUUCAGAUCGGAGAUUGUGAGGAAAGGAAAAAAUUCUGUUAAAGCUCUAGAGAGUUCUAGAGGAAUCUGGAAAAAAAAUGCCGUCUCAUGCAGAUCUAGAUCGGCAGAUCGAACAAUUGAUGGAGUGCAAGCCGUUAUCGGAAGCGGAUGUGAAAACUCUAUGUGAUCAGGCGAGGGCUAUACUUGUUGAGGAAUGGAAUGUUCAGCCGGUGAAAUGUCCGGUGACUGUUUGUGGUGAUAUUCAUGGUCAGUUUUACGACCUGAUUGAGCUGUUUCGGAUUGGAGGAAAUGCUCCUGAUACUAAUUAUCUCUUCAUGGGCGAUUAUGUUGACCGUGGAUACUAUUCAGUGGAGACUGUCACACUUUUGGUUGCUCUGAAGGUUCGUUAUAGAGAUAGAAUCACGAUUCUUAGGGGAAAUCAUGAAAGCCGGCAAAUCACCCAAGUGUAUGGUUUUUAUGAUGAAUGCUUGAGGAAAUAUGGCAAUGCAAAUGUUUGGAAGUAUUUCACUGAUCUUUUUGAUUAUCUACCACUAACAGCACUCAUAGAGAGUCAGAUAUUCUGUUUGCAUGGAGGACUCUCACCUUCUCUGGAUACACUGGAUAAUAUCCGAGCGCUGGACCGUAUACAAGAGGUUCCACAUGAAGGGCCAAUGUGUGAUCUCCUGUGGUCUGAUCCAGAUGAUCGGUGUGGUUGGGGAAUAUCACCUCGAGGGGCUGGUUACACCUUUGGACAGGAUAUAGCAUCUCAAUUCAAUCACACCAAUGGUCUCACCCUGAUUUCUAGAGCUCAUCAGCUUGUGAUGGAGGGUUUCAAUUGGUGUCAGGAUAAGAAUGUUGUGACGGUAUUUAGUGCUCCAAACUAUUGUUACCGGUGUGGUAAUAUGGCUGCCAUUCUAGAAAUAGGCGAAAACAUGGAGCAGAAUUUCCUUCAGUUUGACCCAGCUCCUCGACAGAUAGAGCCCGACACUACAAGGAAGACUCCAGAUUACUUUUUGUGAUUCCAAUAUCUGCGCUUGUUUGGCUGCAGGUAUGUUUCAGAAGUGGAGUUUUGCUGGUUGAGGAUUAUUCUCGAGACCAUUCUUUUGUUUGGAGCUCGACUUCACUUUAUGCCAGUAGCUCACUAGAGUUGACGAAAUUCCCUGAGUGGUUUUUCAUGUAUAUUUUUCAAGUGGAAGCAACAUGGUACAUUCUAUUCUGUAAUUUGAAAUCUACCGUAAAAAGCAGUUUUUUCCCCCUCAAUGUCCAA